AUGGCAAUGUUCGAAAUCUCGUCGAAAAAGAUUUUUAUCUUGUUGUGCAUCAUCGGAUUAUUUUCAUUAAUUACGUUUACACUUGCCGCUGCCACUCUUGGUACACUUAAUAGAGGACUUAAUGCAAUGGCCCCCGCAGGAAUCGCAACAAAACCAAAAUUGAAUUCAUCUCUAGCUGAAACGAUCCGUAUUGACGAUCUUAUGACUCAUUUAAAACAGUUACAACGUAUUGCUGACGAAUCCAACGGUAAUCGUGCGAUAAAUACACGAGGAUUUAAUGAAACGGUUAAUUAUAUCUAUAAUUAUCUGCAGAAUCAAGUCAGUGGUUUACAAAUCAAGCGUCAAACGUUUCGAUUGAGGAAUUUUGCACUUGCUAAAAGUCCAAUCCUGCUCUCUUUGAUUAACGGAAUAGAAAAGAAUUAUACUUAUUCGACGGUGCUCGCCAGAUCUGAAUUUAAUUAUGUAAACUAUUCUACAGCUGCUAAUUUCUCCGAAUACGUUCCGGUUGUGCAUAUUUCUAAUUACGGAUGUCAAGAAAGUGACUGGCGAAAUGCAUCGCAUUUUGUUGCAUUAGUCAAAACAGGAGGGAAAUGGACAUUCGCGGAAAAGAGUGUUCUGGCAAGAAAUAAUGGUGCCAAAGCUUUACUGUUCUAUAGUAAUGGAGAGAAUAGUUAUAGUCUUGCGCCAUUCACUAUACGUCUUCGUCAAAGUAAUGAACUGCCUGCAUUAUCUUUGUCUUACGCCGUGGGACAAGCGCUAGUGAACGUGACUCUAAUAAGCAAAGUUGCCGUAAAAAUGUUUAUUGAAUUGCAGAAUCUACCAACGUUUCCAGUUGAUAAUAUUUGUGCAGAUACUCUACAGGGUGAUGCAAGACAGACAAUUGUUGUUGGAAGUCAUAGUGACAGUGUUCCAGUUGGACCAGGCAUCAAUGAUAAUGGUGCGCAUUGUAGUGGAACUGCAGCUAAUUUAGUUCUAGCAACCAAUUUAGCUCGACUUUAUCAAACAACAAAUUAUUCGAAAUAUAAAUACCGUGUUCGGUUUUGUUGGUGGGCAGGAGAGGAAAUUGGUUUGGCUGGUUCGACUUAUCAUGUGCAAAAUGCUCAAAAUAUGACGGAAAUAGGCGAACGCCUACAAGAUUAUUUAUUAAACCUUAAUUUUGAUAUGGCUGGUUCACCUAAUUUCAUUUUCGGAAUCUAUGAUGCUAAAACGGCGGUCGACGGCACACCAUCUAGCGCACUUCCUGGUAGUCAGAAGAUUACAGAACUAUAUCGCGAUUGGUUUAUUCGACAAACUUUACCUUGGGAUUAUCGAGACUUCAAUGGCCGAAGCGAUUAUGGUCCAUUCUUGGCGGCAGGUAUUGCCGCCGGUGGCGUAGCAACGGGCUCCGACGCCAUCAAAACAGCUGCACAGCGUGAAAAAUAUCGUCAAUCCGUAGGUAAGAGCAAUGCUGGUUUUGCUGGCGCAAUUCUUGACCCAUGUUACCAUCAAGCAUGCGAUACAUUAGCAAAUAUUCAUUUGUACGGGUAUGAAAAACUUGUUCAAGCAGCUGCAUAUGGACUCGAAUAUCUUGGUCAGCAUCCAGAUCUACCUCGAUGGCUUUACCCCAGUGGACGAAUAUAG